AUGUUAUCAAGCAUAUCCAUACUAUCAGCCAUACUGCUACUCGCUGCGAGGGACGUCAGCGCAGCCAUCUGUUACGACGGUUACGGAAGACGAUACUAUUGCAAUGGAGGAUUGUCGUGGGGUGCCAGACUAGGUAUCGGCCUCGGGAUUGCAUUCGCGAUCAUAGCCUGCUUUGCUCUUUGCGGUUAUUGGCGUCGAAAACAACUGAAGAACCAAUUCUCGAAAUACCGACCCCCCGCUCUUCCUUACAACAACAACGAUCAGAACGCUCAAAACCCAUAUGUCAACAACCCACCUCCUCCACAAGGACAAUGGGGUCAGGGUCAGUCGUAUCACGGCAAUUCAAACUAUAAUGAUAACCCUUACGGAAACAACCCUACGGCUCCGGCUCAAGCUUAUCAACCUUCGAUGGCUGGACAGUACCAAGCCAGGAACUCGAACGAGAAUGAGCAUGAGCAUGGGUACGAGUGGGCGCAAGCCAGAGAAGCUGAAAGGUUAGAGAGAGAACAAGCUCAAGCUGCCAACGGUGCAAAUGCCCCGCCAGGAUAUGAGGUUGCAACGAGCCCUCAAAAUACCGGUGCUACCAAUACAAACUAUCAACCUCCCGCCGGUCCACCUCCAGCCAAAACCCACUAA